UUGGUUGGGCGCCGCGAGGCGGCCGGGGACCGUUGGCGCGGGAGGCUGACGGAGGCGCUCGGGCCGCCCGCGCCCGCGGAGCCCUCACCGGCCGGCGGCUGCAGCCCGCCAGGACGCUGCUUCUCGCCCCGCGGCGUCCUCGGACCGCCGUCCCUGGGAGAGAUCGUGAUUAAAUGCUUGAAGAAACUGAGCCCAGGAGAGUGGAAGUUGUCCUGAGAGACGUCUCAGUGUAAUUCAGAAUGAUUGAGGAGAGUGGGAAGAGGAGGAGGACAAUGGCAGAGAAAAGACAGCUGUUCAUGGAAAUGAGAGCCCAGAAUUUUGAUGUCAUCAGACUUUCAACAUACCGAACGGCCUGUAAGCUGCGCUUCGUACAGAAGAGAUGUAAUCUUCAUCUUGUUGAUAUCUGGAAUAUGAUUGAAGCCUUCCGAGAUAAUGGCCUUAACACUUUGGAUCAUAACACAGAGAUCAACGUGUCUCGACUAGAAACAAUCAUUUCAUCCAUCUACUACCAGCUAAACAAACGCCUUCCUUCUACUCACCAAAUCAGUGUAGAGCAAUCCAUCAGCCUCCUCCUCAACUUCAUGAUAGCAGCAUAUGACAGUGAGGGCCAUGGGAAGCUGACAGUGUUUUCAGUGAAAGCUAUGUUAGCAACAAUGUGUGGUGGUAAAAUCCUGGACAAAUUGAGAUACAUUUUCUCUCAGAUAUCCGAUUCAAACGGCCUCAUGAUCUUUACAAAGUUUGAUCAGUUCUUGAGGGAAGUUCUGAAGCUCCCAACAGCUGUCUUUGAGGGGCCUUCCUUCGGAUACACGGAGCAUUCUGUACGGACCUGCUUCCCACAGCAAAAAAAGAUCAUGCUAAACAUGUUUUUAGACACGUUGAUGGCUGACCCACCUCCUCAGUGCCUUGUGUGGCUGCCUCUCAUGCACAGACUUGCCCAUGUUGAAAAUGUCUUCCAUCCUGUGGAGUGUUCGUAUUGCCGGUGCGAGAGCAUGAUGGGUUUCCGGUACCGAUGCCAGCAGUGCCACAACUACCAGCUCUGUCAAAACUGUUUUUGGCGUGGCCAUGCCAAUGGUCCUCACAGCAAUCAGCACCAGAUGAAGGAGCAUUCCUCUUGGAAAUCACCUGCGAAGAAAUUGAGCCAUGCAAUUAGCAAAUCCCUUGGUUGUGUACCAAGUCGAGAGCCACCUCGUCCUGUGUUUCCUGAGCAGCCAGAAAAGCCUCUUGAUCUUGCACAUAUAGUUCCUCCUCGACCUCUGACUAACAUGAAUGACACCAUGGUAACCCACAUGUCCUCUGGAGCACCUACCCCAACAAAAAGGUCACCCCACACCAUGGAUGCUGCCAGCCCACUUGCUGACGAGCACACACUGAUAGCCACCUACGUGAGCCGGCUGCAGAGCGGGGCACGGUUAGUGUUAGGGAAGCGUUCCCGGAGCAGGGACAGCAGCGUCCUGGACAGCCCUGGCCGGCUGGACGAGGAGCACAGGCUGAUUGCCAGAUACGCCGCCCGGCUGGCUGCUGAAGCUGGAAAUGCACCUCGCCCACCUACAGACCUGGGUUUCAGCUUUGAUGCCAACAAACAACAAAGACAGCUGAUUGCAGAGCUGGAAAACAAAAACAGGGAGAUACUGCAGGAAAUUCAGCGUCUCAGGCUGGAACAUGAACAAGCCUCUCAACCCACUCCUGAGAAAGCCCAGCAGAACCCAACGUUAUUGGCUGAGCUCAGGCUUCUACGACAGAGAAAGGAUGAAUUGGAGCAGAGAAUGUCUGCACUUCAAGAAAGCAGAAGAGAACUGAUGGUGCAGCUCGAAGGGCUGAUGAAACUGCUCAAAGAAGAAGAGCAAAAGCAGGCAGUGCAAGCAGCAGGCUCAGCACACUCCUCGCCCACCCACGGAGCCAGCCACCCCAUGCCCAUGCCUGUCAGAUCCACCUCUGCAGGCUCUACCCCAACUCAUGGCCCGCAGGAAGCGCUCGUAGGGGUCGGGGGAGACGUGCAGGAAGCUUUCACGCAAGGUACAAGGAGGAACCUCCGCAACGACCUACUAGUAGCAGCUGAUUCCAUCACAAACACCAUGUCCUCACUGGUGAAGGAGCUUCAUUCUGCAGAGGAAGAAGAUGAAGAAGAAACAGAAAAAAUACAGAAUGGAAAGGACCAAGGUUAGACAGAUGCCUGCAGGCUGUACAACAAUCCAGGCACGGAGGCUGCGCUUGCCAUCGAGAGCCUUCUCCCCGCCCUCUGGAAGAGGCCCCUCUCAGCCGACACAUUCACCACCCUGCAACUGUGACUGAGCUCAACCACCUGCUGACGAAAGCGGCUUUCUCCAACCCACCUGGAGGGCUUUCCCCGUGGGCACUUGCCUCUUAGGUCAUUGCAUGUCCUACUUCCCUCCAUCUGUCUACUAAUGAUACCCAAACCCAUCACAGGCAGCGAUUUGAGGGAGGUUUCGGUGAAAACAGCACAAAAGGAAAGCUCAUACUGGCAACUCCUGCUUUGUGUCCUGAUCUUCUUUGAUUUCCUCCCAGAUGGUGUCACGGUGGCUUCACAGGCAGGUUAUUAUCUCCUGACUUGUCCACGUGCGUGAUAAAAUGGGUAUGGAGCCCCCCAAAGUGGGGGGGGGUCCCUUGCUUGCAUGACACAGAGGGGAUGUGGCCAUCAAAACCAAGCACACCUGAAAACAGUGCUCUGUGUGCCCGUGUCUGGUUGCCAUCAUGUGUGGCGUUGCCUGUCUCAGCCCCGGGGGUAAGCUGGCAGGGUACCUCAUGGAUGGAGGGAUGCCCAAGCAGAGGAACAGCAGUGGUGGGGAUGGGCCACUAGCUCCCUGCCUCCUGGCUCUGCUGCUCUUCAGACUGUUAAAAGAGGUCCCCUUUUUAGCAGGGGAAUUCAGGGAUGGUCAUUGCCAAGCUUAGGUCAGCAUCUCUGCCUUCAUUGCACAGCGCAGUGGACAGAAGGGACCUCUGAGUGCCAUCUAGUCCAGCCUCCCUGAUAAAGCAGGGUAACCCAGAGCAUGCUGGAGAGAUUUGGAGUCUCUCCAGAGAAGAAGACUCCACAACCUCUCUAGGAAGCCUGGCCAGGGCUCUGGCACCCUCACAGGAAAGCUGUUGUUCCUCAUGUUCAUGCAGAACUGCCUGGGUUCCAGUUCACGUCCAUUGCCCCUUGUCUUGUUGCUGGGCACCACUGAAGAGUCUGGCCCCAUCCUCUUGCCUCCUGCCUCUUAGAUAUUGAUGAGCAUUGAGAAGAUCUGUUCUCAGUCUGCUCUGCUCCAGGCUAAACAGAACCAAGUCUCUCAGCCCUUCUUCCUCACAGAGAUGCUCCAGGCCCCUCAGCAUCUUUGUAGCUUCUCUCCAGUACUCUUGAACUGGGAAGCCCAGAACUGGACCCAGGACUCCAGGUGUGACCUCACUCAGGCACAGCAGUGGGAGAGGAGAACCUCCCUCAGUCUUCUGAAUGCACCCAGGGAGACCUUGCCCUUCUUGACUGUGACAUCAAGUUGCUGGCUGAUGGGGAACUUGUCCACUCGCAGGUCCUUCUCCACAGAGCUGCUUUCCAGCAGGUCAACCCCUAACCUCCCCUGGUGCAGGGGAUUAUCAGGACCCUGCCCUUGCCCUUGGUGAGGUUCACAAGGUUCCCCUCUGCCCUGCACCCCAGCCUGCCUGGGUCUCACCAAACGGCAGCACAGCCUGCCGUGCUUGUCAGCCGCUCCUCCCAACUUCGUGCCAUCAAAAGUGUUUCCAAAACACCUGGGGCUGAGUUUUGUUUCAGACUAAGAGAAAUAACCCAGUGGUGUAGCCUGAGGCUGGCAGCAAACCGCUGCCUGGGCCUUUCUUGCGCAGCUGCUUAGAAAACCUCAGCGGCAGCUCCAGCCAUGGGCGGGUUUUUGGUUGGGUGUUUUGUGUUUCUUGUCUUGGUGCUCAGGAAUGUUAUUUUUAGUGGCAGGAGCCGAGUGCCCUGGUGCAGCUAUAAAUAUUUAUGGAGGGUGAUGAACGGGAAGCAGUGAUAAGCCCUGAAACCAGCCCUCAGCUUCUCUUCCUGUCUGAACCCAUGCCCGGCCCCGGUGCUCGGUGGAAAGCGCUCGCUGGGUACCUACAGCCCUUGGGAAGAGAGGAAAUAAACAGAAGUGGUGGCCACAGCUCGGGGUGAAUAUAAAUAUUGUGAAUGAGCUGUCAAGAAGGAGAGGAAAGUGAUGAUAACCUGGUGCAGCACUGCUGGCUUCAGCCUCCCAGGCGGAGCACAGGCAAGGUCCCGUGUGCGCCUGUGGCUGAGUGUGAUGAAUUGCAAUCAGAAACACAGAGCUGUGCAGUGGUUUUGGUUGAAAGAGUCCAACUGUUAACCCAGCACUGCCAGGUCACCACUGAACCCUAUCCCUCAGCACCACAGCUACACAGCUGCUAAGCCUCUCCAGGCAGGGGUACUCCAGCGCUGCCCUGGGCAGCCUGUUCCAAGGCUUGACAACCCUUUUUGGGAAGAGGUUGUUCCUCAUGCCCGACCUAACCCUCCUUUGGUGCAACUUGAGGCCCUUUUCUCUUGUCCUGUCACUUGUUGUUCCUCAGGCCCGACCUAAACCUCCUUUGGUGCAACUUGAGGCCCUUUUCUCUUGUCCUGUCACUUGUUCCUCACAAGAAGAGGCACUUCUUGUGCCGGGGGAGGUCUAGGCUGGAUGUUAGGAGGAAGUUGUUGGCAGAGAGAGUGAUUGGCAUUGGAAUGGGCUGCCCAGGGAGGUGGUGGAGUCACCGUGCCUGGAGGUGUUCAAGCAAAGCCUGACUGAGGCACUUAGUGCCAUGGUUUGGUUGAUUGGCCAGGGCUGGGUGCUAGGUUGGACUGGAUGAUCUUGGAGGUCUCUUCUGACCUGGCUGAUUCUAUGAGACAAGACCUAGCCCCACCUGGCUCCAAUCUCUUUCAGGGAUUUGUAGGAAUUGAGAAGAUCUUCCCUGAGCCACCUGCACUCCAGGCUAGAUAACACCAGUCCCCUCAGCUGCUUCUCACAAGGUUUGUGCUCUAGACCCUUCACCAACUUAAUUGCCCUCCUUUGGACGUACUCCAGUACCUCAAUUUCCUUCUUGGAGUGAGAAGCCCAAAACUGAAUCCCCAAGUCCUCCUCCACCAGGCUGCUCUCCAUCCCUUCAUCCCCCAGCCUGAACUGAUACUGAGGGCUGCCCCAGCCUAGGUGCUGGGUCUUGCACUUGGCCCUGUUGAACCUCUGGAGGGUCAGACUGUCUCACUAUUCCAGCUUGUGGGGAUAACUCUGGGUACAUCCUGUCCUUCAGGUGUGCCAACUGCACCGCUCAGCUUGGUGCCAUCACCAGUGCCAAGUACAGGAGGGUGAUCGCUGCUCUGGUCAUGUACCCUGUGAUUGUCCCUUCUCAUUUUUGCUGCCAUGAGAGGCAAAACCUUCUGCCACAGCCAACACCCUGCCCACCAGCACCUCUCAGCCUGUGGUCCAGCUGCAGCCAGAGUACAUGAUGGUGGCACCACUGAGACCUGUCACCACAGCUGCUCCAGCUGGCCAGGUGCUCAGAGGGGAGACAGUGGGGACAUCACCUGCCUUUGCAGGGGUCCAUUCCCUGUAAUGUGGGCAAUGCCAACGGGACCAUUGAUUAGCUGGGUUGGUAGUGCCCUGAGCAGGCUGUGCACAUCCAAGGAUGUCACUUAGGAAGGUCGUUGCCAGUCUCCAGAGACUGUUUGUCAAGCCCAGCUGGUGCCGUGGUCUCAGUACCAUGGAGUCUGCCCUCACCACGCUGCUGUCCCAGGUACCAGCGUGGCACUGGACCAGGCAGCUGUGGCCAUUGAGGGGGUUGCUGUGAGAGGCAGAAUGUCUGAGGCCAUUUUUCACCCCAGUAAUGCCAGGCACCUCCUCCAGUGAUGUGCUGGACAUUGUGUAGGGGGAUAAAAAAGAACCCCAGCACUCCAGUUUGCUCACAGGGAGCUUGGAAACCUGAUUGUUUGCCUUUGGAAACGUCGCCUUAAACCUCCCUGGGAGGAAUGUGGAGAUGUGCCUACGUGUGGGAGUGUGUGCCCAUGGGUGUGGAGUGUGUGCCUAGAGGGCAGGGGAGUAUAUGCCCAUGUGCUUGUGCCCAUGGAUGUGGGAGUGUGCCCGUGGGGGUGUGCCCAUGUGUGUUGUGUGUGCCCAUGUGCUGAUUGUUCUCCAAUGACUUUGCUCAGCCUGUGCUGGAAUUCCCUAGCCAAUAGCAUCAGAAGGACAGAAUGGUUUGGGUGGGCAGGGACCUCUCAAGCUCAUUUAGACCAAAGCCCUGCAGCCAGCAUUAACAUCUCCAACUGAAGCAUAUUGCUCAGAGCCCCACUCAACCUGACCUGGAAUGUUUCCAGGGGUAAGGCUGCUACCACCACCCUGCAUACCCAUGGCAGAAACAAUUUCUUCCUUUUCUCCAGUCUGAAUCUCCCCUCAUUUAGUUUAAAACCAUCACCCCUUCUCCUCUCACAGCAGGCCCUGAUAAAAACUCUGUCCCCAGCUUUGUUACAGGCCCUUUUAAGUACUGAAAGGCCACAACAAGGUCUCCUGGAGCCUCCUCUUCUCCAGACUGAGCAACCCCAACUCUCUCAGCCUGUCCUCACUGCAGAGAGGUUCCAGCCCUUGCACUAUUGUUGUGGCCUCCUCUGGAGGCACUCAAACAGAUCCAUGCCUCUCUUGUGCUGAGGACUCCAGAGCUGAACACUGCAGGUGAGGUCUCACUAGAGCAGAGCAGAGGGGCAGAAUCCCCUCCCUCAACCUGCUGGCCAUGAUGGUUUGGGUGCAGUUGUUUUUUUGUGCUGUCAGUGCACAUUGCCAGCUUCUGUCCAGCUUUUCCCCCACCAGCACCCCCAAGUCCUUCUCCACAGGACUGCUCUCCAUCCUUUCAUCUCCCAGCCUGAACUGAUGCUGAGGGCUGCCCCAGCCCAGGUGCUGGGCCUUGCACUUGGCCUCAUUGAGCCUCUGGAGGGUCUCACACUGUCCACACUGUCUCACUUUUCCAGCUUGUGGAGAUCACUCUGGCUGCAUCCUCUCCUCCAGGUGUGUCAGCUGCACCGCUCAGCUUGGUGCCAUCUGCACACUUGCUGAGGAUGCACUUUGAUCCCACUGUGACAUUGAUGGAGAUACUAAACAGCACUGGUCCCAGUGUGGCCCUCUGAGCAACACCACUGUGCACCCAUGAAUCCUGACCCACCCUUCUGCCAUCGCCCCAGCGGCUAUAGAGCCACCAGGAACCGUGUCACUUCCUGCGAGCCACGUCCCUGCGUUGGCAUCCCCGGACAGGGGGAGUUGGCAUCCCCCAGCUGGUGCCUCCGUGUCAGUGGUUAAUGCCAGGAGAGGGAACCCCCCAGUUUUCCUGGUGUAGGGAAUAGGGAUGGGCAUGGUGCAGGAUGCUGCACACCCAGCUGGUCUGUCAGCAGCGUGCAGAAGGAAAGCGCUGGCUCGGGCCGCUUGUGCCGUCCCUCGGCACAUGCAUUCCUCCCCACUUGUGCCGUCCCUCGGCACAUGCAUUCCUCCCCACUUGUGCCGUCCCUCGGCACAUGCAUUCCUCCCCACUUGUGCCAUCCCUCGGCACAUGCAUUCCUCCCCACUUGUGCCAUCCCUCGGCACAUGCAUUCCUCCCCACUUGUGCCGUCCCUCGGCACAUGCAUUCCUCCCCACUUGUGCCGUCCCUCGGCACACGCAUUCCUCCCCACUUGUGCCGUCCCUCGGCACAUGCAUUCCUCCCCACUUGUGCCGUCCCUCGGCACAUGCAUCCUUCCCCAAGCCCCAUCCCUGCCCACAUGAUCAGGGCGUCCUUGGUGGUAGAGCCCAGCAGUCAGAGGGACAGGAACCAUGCCAAGCUUUGGUGCUUGGCACAGUGCGAGCGCAGCCAUGGGCACGGAUAUGCGCGAGAGCGGUUGGCAAAGACGAUGCUGUGAGCCUGGGGAACGAGUCUAAGAGAAAGCUGUAAACUGGAAGCCAUGUUCUGUCAUCUGCCAAACACUUAAUAAACUCAUCUCAGCCCUGA